UCCCAGGUGCUGAGUAACAGUAACCACCUGUACCUGAAGGCGGUGACCCAGGCUGACGCGGGACAGUACGUCUGCAAGGCCAUAGUCCCACAGAUUGGGGUCGGGGAGAGGGAGGUCACGCUCCACGUCAAUGGACCCCCUAUCAUAUCCAGCGCGGUGCUACAGUACGCAGCUGAGGGAGCUCCAGGUCGGGUGGAGUGUUACAUCGACAGUACGCCCCAGCCUGACCGAAUCGCCUGGACUUGGCGGGAGAAUGUUCUCGAAGUGGGGACGUUUGAGCGCUACACAGUGGAAAGGACGGGUGGUCCCGAGGGGGUGCGGUCCACCCUGCUGAUCAGCAACGUGGCACUGCCCGACUUCGAGACCCCCUACAACUGCACAGCGUGGAACGGGUUCGGAUCUGGUACGGCCCUCAUCCAACUGCUCAAGGAGGAGGUCCUGCCCAUUGGGCUGAUCAUUGGUGUGACGGUCAGCCUUGGGAUCUUGCUGACCCUGGCAUUAGCCGGCCUUGUCGUCUUCCUGUAUCGCCGACGGAAACGCAGUCGGAAGGAUGUGACCCUGGGGAGGCCUGGUGUGAAAGCGGACCCCAGUAAGGAAGCCCCCUACCUGAGGAAGGAGCUGGAGGAAGAUGACUCCAACAUGUCGACAGCUACCCGUGUCCUCAAGGCCAUGUACUCGGCCUACCAGGAGGAUAUGGAUAUGAAGCCGGAAUUGCGCUCGGAUACCCUGGACACGAGGGAGGACUGCGAGCUCAAGGACCCGACGAACGGCUACUACAACGUGAGGGGGCAGGAGGAGCGCCUGCCCUCGCGGACCCUGCUGUACUCGGAGUAUGGGGGAGGGGGCGGCCGGUACGAGGGGAGGCCGCCCUCCCGCCUCUCCCACGCCAGCGGCUACGGGCCGGUGGGCGGGGGCGCAGUGACGGUUUCGGCAGCCGCGCCGGUGGGGAGUGGCAGCGGGGGAGGGGGAGGAGGGGGAGGGGGAGGGGGGCUGCUGGCCUCUUGCUACAGCCGCCUGGCUGAGUACGGGGGGGGCGAGGGUGGGGCCGAGGCGGGGAGCCAGCUCUCCUUCGAUGCCUACGCCUACCCGCCCUGCGGCCUGGCCCCCUAUGGCCGCCCCACCAACCUGGAGCGACUCUUCGACCCCGCGGCGACCAUUGCCCCCAAGUUCCCCAGCGCCUCCCGUUUCUCCUACUCCUCCUCCCAGCAUUCCGAGCACGGCCGGCCCUACCAGCAGCGCAUGCAGACCCACGUCUGACACCCCCCCCCCCCCACCCCUCCAUCCUCACCCCCCCACCCACACGCAGCGAGCUCUGUUCCCCCCCACCCCACAACACCACACUGCUGUCGAACGCACAGAGCGGGAAGUCACGGUAGCCCAGCUCGGUCAGGCGGCCGUCUCUCUGAGUCGGUCGCGGAGUUGGGGGUGUGGGGGGUCCAGAAGGUGGUAGGGGGUGUAGGGAGAGGGGAGGGGGGGAUCUGCUCGAUCCCCCCCAAACCCACUCCACCCCCUCCGCACCCCAAACCCCACCCACCCCGGCAGCCAAUCAGGAGCGGCGUCCGGGACGUUGGGCCCCUGAGCCCCUUGCCCUCCCUCGCCUUGUCUCCCAGAAGCCCAACCCCUCCCCCACACCCCUCCGCCCACCCCAACUCCACCAUCCAUGCCCCUCCCCCUUCCAGGAGGGAGGGCCCAUUCUCUCUACAAUUCCAUCCCACCCCACCCCCCCAGCUCCAUUCCACCAUCCCACCCCGCCCCCACAGCUCCAUUCCACCAUCCCACCCCGCCCCCCCAGCUCCAUUCCACCAUCCCACCCCGCCCCCC